UUAAAUUUUCUAUCUUUGAUACAACUCUUACAUAAUUAUUAACUUAUUAUCCAUCAUAAAGAGUGCAUGGAUGGAGUUAAUAAUAAUGAAGCGGAAGAGAAAGUAAGACCUGGUAACUGGUCGUUAAGGAUCAACAGAGGAUAAUGCAGGCCUUACCAGGCGGUAUGGAUAGCGUUGCCAUGACAUCUGAACUGCGAUUCCUCCCACCCUGGGCUAGGUCACAGUUAGCACACAUUCUGGAAGUCACACACGGGUGGCGGGAAGUGAUGGGUCGUGUGCCCAGCAGCCCCUGGCAACCUGGCAGCCCCAUUCCUCAAGACCUUCACUACCCAAAGAAAUAUUCUUCAGAUGAUAUACACCUAAUAUCAGAGGAAUGUGUAAGAGAUCGGCGGGAAGGUUUUGAGGUGCUAUUAGAGGAGUGGGGUACAAGUGGGAGGCAACGCCCCACCGUACAAGACCUGCUUGAGCUUCUGCGACUUGCUAAACUCUACCGUGCCAUGGACUACCUCACUAUUAAUGUUCUUCAUGGAGAAGCCCUGCCAAGACAAGAUGGUGAUCCCAUUGAAGAUUUGGAUAAGGCAUUACAAGAAGGACUGAGGACUUAUGAUAAUUUUAUCCAAGAGAUGGGUGCCUCUGGAGAAGUUCAAGAUAUCCCAAGCUCUUAUACUAUUGAUGAACCAAGUAGUGAUGACUUGGCUCUCACUAUAGCACCUGUUAUUGAUGACAAAACAAAAGUGAUAGGUACUUGCAAUAACCUAACUCCUGGACAGUCUCAAGCAGAAUCUCCACCUCUUGAUACUGAAGUCUUACAGGAUUUACAAAGCUCUGGUUUUACACAUUUCAGUUAUUCUUUACUGAAGGAAAUUACUAAUAACUUUUCCGAUGUGCCUACAGACCUAGGAGGGUGUAAAUUGGGUGAAGGAGCAUUUGGUGUUGUGUACUUGGCCAAAAUAUUUCAGGGCGGUCAUGAGAAAAAAGUUGCUGUGAAAAGACUCAACUCUGGAGAGAUCAAAGUUGAGGGUCAAUUUAAAACAGAAAUUGAAGUCCUGUCAAGGUGUAUUCACGAGAACUUGUUGCCACUUGAGGGCUUCUCUUGCGAUGGCCCCGACUGGUGUCUUGUAUAUGCCUACAUGCCCAAUGGAAGUCUUCAAGACCGUCUAGCUUGCUCUGGUGGGAGCGAACCUCUUGACUGGCAGAUACGUGUGCGUAUAGGCGAGGGAGCAGCACGUGGCAUUGUCCAUCUUCACACCUAUCAGGAGCGACCACUUGUUCAUCGUGAUAUAAAGAGUGCCAAUAUCUUGUUGGAUGGCAGUUUCACUCCCAAGGUUGGUGACUUUGGCCUUGUUCACCUUGGAGGCAGCGGAACUCACACGAGGACACUGAUCAAAACAACAACAGUGUUUGGCACAUCGGCAUACAUGGCCCCUGAGGCAUUUAGAGGAGACAUAUCGGUCAAAAUGGACACAUUCAGUUUUGGAAUUGUUCUGCUGGAAUUGCUGACUGGCUUGCCAUCCUAUGAUGAAGAACGUGAGGGAUGUGACUUGUUGUCACAUGUUCAGGAGAGCGAAGCAGAAGUGGAAGAGUUGCUAGAUACUCAGGCUGGUACUUGGGACAUGAACAUUGCUUCUCACCUGUUUGCUUUGGUUGGACUCUGCACUGAGGCAAAGAAGAAAAGGCCAACAAUGGUGCAAGCACUCUAUAAUUAUUCCCAAAUUAUAAAUAAACAACUAGAUUAAAUUUUCUCUGCCCUUGUUCAUCACAUACAUUUACGAAAUAUGAAUAAAGCACAGUAUGUAAAAUUUACAGUGUGCUUAGUACAAAAAAAUACUGAAAUCUUUUUGAAUAAAUAUUUGAAAG